AUGUCGCGUUCCUCCCCCGCGCGCAAAGACCAGCAGCUUGUAUCAAGCCCCGAGCGAGGCUUUCGCCGGAGCUUCCUCUUUGACACGCGCAAUGAUGAAUUGAGCCACCUUGAUGCACUCGCCGCAGCGCAGGCGGAGCAUGACCGCGUCCGCGAAGCCGCCAUGCGCGUUUACGAGAUGCACGAACUCAAAGAGGAGAGCGAGCGCAUCCGCCAGCAACAAGAGCGCGAAAACGAGAGGCUCAAGGCCGAAGCAGAACUUGCCGCUAAGGAACGCAAACUGCACGAGCUGCGGGCCAAAUCGAUCCCCAAACCUACGCCGCCCCCCGAGCCGAAACAAGAACCUACCAGGGCAGCGCCGAGCUUGCCUGCUAAGCCGGUAGAAAAUGUCGCAGAUGCAAAAUUGCAAACACAGCAAACGCUCGUCCAGAAGAAGCCAGUUGUCAAGCAGGAGCCGCUGUCGGGGCUGAAACCGCAGGCCAACGGCUUUGGCAACACUGCCAAGCCUGCACAAACAGUCGCCCAACCGGAACUUGUGAAGCCGGCGAGCAACUUGGCAUUCCCUGCACCAAACACUGCCCAGCCAAAGACACAGCCUGUGGCAUCGCAGUCUACACAAAGGGCACCCGAACUCCCGAAGCCGUCGGCGUCCACCGAACGAUAUUUGCAGAUCCACCAGGAGCUCAAAAGGCUUCGCACGUCUCUGCAGGCCGCGGCCAAAGUACCAGGCUCUCCUCUCAAAGGUACUAUGGGCACAUAUCGACGUGAGAUUCGCGUCUCUAUUGGCCAGCUGACGUCAGGGCGCGGUGCCAACGCUCUACCGAUUCAAAAAAUUACCACAGCCUUCAAUGAUGCCCUUCAGCAAAAAGUGCCUAGCCCACUUGUUGAAGUGAGCAAGUUUGUGGCAGACGCAAGGCAGCCAGUUGAGGGUGCCGCCCACAACGACGCCACGCUGCCUGCUUUGUUCAUCUACCUCAUUAAUAUCUGCGCCAAGGGCAUCAUCAACCAGUUUAUCAGCGAGUGCGGCGCCAACUCAAAGGCCGCAAACCCGAUUGGCGUCUUUACCGUGCAAAUAUUUUCCAUGCCCGAGUUCCAAUGGCGCGGGGCCUCGCUGAUUGACAUCCUCAUGGCCAAGUUCCGGGUCGCCUGCCCCGUGCUGUUCGGCCUGUCGGGCAACGAUAAGACGGAGCGGGGCCGCCUGGCACUGGGCUGGCGCAAGGACGGCCCGUCCUGGAUCACGGAGCAGAGCCACAACGACCGCAUGGCGGGCCUAGCGGCCGGGUACGCGGCCGUGUCCCUGCGCGACUUUAGCCGGAGUGUCAAGAAGAACCCGUACCCUCCGACGCACUACUGGAAGACGCUGGCCGGUAUCGUCAACUGCCCUGCGGGCCAGACGUCCAACACGCAGUACAUUGUCGUGCGGCACUUGAUUGACGGCCACGAGCAGCAGUUUCUCAACUUUUACGGCAACGCGGCCGUUGCCGCGCUGCGGCUUGCCCUGGUUGAGUUUCCCAAGAAGGCGCCGGGCAACACACCCGCCGCCGGAUCGCUGCAGGCCCUCGCCGAGGUUCUCAAGUCGACGAGCGGGCUGAUACUGGCAUGA